CCGCCACCCAUGCCCCGAAAAGGCAAGUCAGCCGACCCCGCGCGCGUCACCGUACAUGUGCUCCCCCUCACAGCUCACUCGAGAGUGCUCGAGAAACGGCGCACGCAAGCCGCCGCGCCGAGGUACCCAUCGGCGGGCGCACCAUCGAUCAUGGUCUACGCUACCCGACUCUAUAUUUCUAUACCGGCCCCGCCCUCCCCACGGGUCCCCGCAACGCGGUCCGCGCGCCACCGCUCGGUGUACGCCAAUGAGCGACUGGCUAUAGCGACUCGAGAUGCGCUAGAUAGGCAGCCUCCGCAGAGCAGCCAGGGAAAGCCCGAGCCCCAGUGGCACCAGCGACCGUGUCUCGCCAUCGGCGCGGACACCCUAGGCACCGCCAACACCCUCAUGACGGCAACGACCAGCGCGAGCAGGUGGCACGAACGGGAAUUCGGAGCAACGAACGGGAAUAGAGCCUCUGCGGAACGGGAAUAGGAAGCGGCAACCGGCCAAACAAACGGGAAUUGCGACCAAACAAACGGG